AUGGACCAAUCAAAUGACUCUGUGGUAACUGAAUUUGUAUUACUGGGACUUGCACAAUCCCUGGGAAUGCAGUUUUUCCUCUUUUUCUUCUUCUCUUUAUUCUACCUGGGAAUUAUCCUUGGCAACCUCUUCAUUGUGUUCACAGUGGUUUUAGACCCUCACUUACACUCCCCCAUGUACUUCCUGCUGGCCAACCUGUCCCUCAUUGACGUGGGCCUUUCAUCCACCACAGUUCCUAGGAUGAUCUCAGAUCUUUUCACUGACUGUAAAGUCAUUUCUUUCCACAACUGCAUGAUACAAAUGUUCUUUAUCCAUGUUAUGGGAGGAGUUGAGAUGGGGCUGCUGAUAGCCAUGGCAUAUGACAGGUACACAGCCGUCUGCAAGCCUCUCCACUAUCUAACUAUUAUGAAUCCCAAAAUAUGCAUGCUCUUGGUGGUAGCUGCUUGGGUCAUUGGGAUGAUUCAUGCUGUGUCUCAGUUUGUUUUUGUUAUAAAUUUACCCUUCUGUGGCCCUAAUAAUGUGGGGAGCUUUUACUGUGAUUUUCCUCGGGUUAUUAAACUUGCAUGCAUGGACACUUACAGACUAGAAUUUGUAGUCACUGCCAACAGUGGCUUCAUAUCCUUGGGCACCUUCUUUUUCUUAAUUGUGUCAUACAUCUUUAUUCUGGUCACUGUCCGGCAACAUUCUUCGAAUGAUUUAUCCAGAGCAUUCUUUACUUUGUCAGCUCACAUCACCGUAGUGGUUUUGUUUUUUGCUCCAUGCAUGUUUCUCUAUGUGUGGCCUUUCCCUGCUAAGUCAUUGGACAAGUUUUUUGCCAUUGUGGACUUUGUUGUCACCCCUGUCUUAAAUCCUGCCAUCUAUACUUUACGGAACAAAGAUAUGAAGGUGGCCAUGAGAAGGCUGAGUAGACAGGUUGUGAGUUCUAGGGAGACGACCUAA